AUGGCCGCGGCCGGGGGGCCCGGAGCGGACGGACGCCGUCCUCUGCUCGGCCUCCUCUUGCUUCUGAUGGCGGGCCCCGCCCUGGGCUGGAACGACCCCAACAGAAUAUUGUUGCGGGAUAUACAAGCUCUUACCCUCCACUAUGAUCGCUAUACCACCUCCCGUAGGCUGGAUCCAGUUCCACAGCUGAAAUGUGUUGGAGGCACAGCUGGAUGUGAUACUUACAUCCCAAAAGUUAUACAGUGCCAGAACAAAGGCUGGGAUGGUUACGAUGUACAGUGGGAAUGUAAGACUGAUUUAGAUGUUGCAUACAAAUUUGGAAAAACUGUGGUGAGCUGUGAAGGCUAUGAAUCCUCUGAAGACCAGUAUGUACUAAGAGGCUCCUGUGGCUUGGAGUAUAACUUAGAUUACACGGAACUUGGCCUGAAGAAAUUGAGAGAGUCUGGAAAAAACAGUGGCUUUAACCAGUUCUCUGAUUAUUAUAAAAGCAGUUCCAGUGGCAUCAGUGGAUUGGUUACCAUCGUGGUGUUACUUGCUAUUGCCUUUGGAGUUUAUAAGUUGUUCCUUGGUGGUGGUCAAGAUUCUCCUCCACCAUACUCUGAGAAUCCUCCGUUUGCUCCCGGUUUUCAGGGAUUCACCAACUCAGCAGGACCCCCUCCCCCAGGCUUUAAGACAGGGUUCACAGGAAUGCCUGGUCCAACUUACGGUUUUAGCAGUGCUUUCACAGGGCAACAAGGAAAUGCAAAUUCGGGACCAGGUUUCUGGACUGGCUUGGGAACUGGAGGAAUACUAGGAUAUUUGUUUGGCAACAAUAGGGGAGCAACACCCUUUUCAGACUCAUGGCACCACCCAUCUUAUCCCUCAUACUUCAGCACAGGAAACAGCCGUGCUUACUCCCCGCAUUGUGGAGACUCCCGUAACUACUCAGCAUGUUCAAGUUCAGAGACAAAAACCAGAACAGCAUCAGGAUAUGGCGGUACCAAAAGACGAUAA